AUGUCGGGCCCUCUUGUGAAAGUGCGGGUUGUGGCGAGGGCACUCGCGGCAUCCCUCGUUCUUGGAACCCAUGUCGUCCACGCUGCCUUGAACCUCGAUGGGACUCAGGCUGUGGCACCAGCCGGCGACGGUGACCCAUCGCCCAUCAGCGACCCUCGGGCUUACGACCCUAGCCAGCAUGAUUGUCCGCUCCCUUGUGUCGACUACGCCAAUAUUCACAGCUGGACUCCAUACCUGUCAGUUGACCGCCUCCGCCGUUGCGAGGAGCCUCUGCUACUCCAGUUCUCGGUGACGCAACCUCUGGACGAUCCGGCUUCCACCAUCUUGAUUCGCAGCUGCGCACUCAACACCACUUCUCACCAAGCUUUUGGAACGGCCUCGGCCCGUGAUCCAAGGCCUGUGGCAAACCCCAAGAAGUCGGAGAAGUUCUUCGCUCCUCGGGGCAUGGGGGAGUUCUUCAGCGCCCAAGACAACUGUGAUGAGAACUUCCUGUUUGCCUGGCACAAGCAAACGGCUGCGGCCCUUUACAUUGGCGCGGCUCUCGGCAAGCCUACCGCUACGUCGGCCAUAACAGCGCUCAAAAGUCGUUUUCGGCUCGAAUCUGCGGUGCCCAACCACACCAUUGCUCAGCUCUGCGGCAAUAAGGAGCGGCCAGGAGAUGUGUUUGGCAUCGCGAUCGGCGCGUCCGCCAAUCUUGCAGCGCUCCAAAGCACAGCUCUAGCAUGGAGCAAGGGAAUUUGUGCCGCGGGCGGGGACCUCAAAGGCGCCGGUGACCUAAAAGGGGCGAAAGUCUUCAAGGUUGCGGGGGCGCCGAUAGUGACAGGGAGCAACAACAACACCAACAACAAGUCUUUCGACGGUAAUGCCACGACAUCUUCCGCAGCGGGCUUUACUCAACUCCCUCGGCAGCGCCGGGCCCGGAACGGCCAGAUAGACCGGAGAGCCACCUGCCGUUAUAUCCAAGUUGUGGCAGGGGACGGCUGCGAUACCCUCGUAGCCCGCUGUGGCAUCUCAGCUGCCAAUUUCUACAAGUACAACCCGGCAGCCGAUCUCUGCGGUACCCUUAUGCCGGACGACUAUGUGUGUUGUUCGGCAGGCGACCCUUACAAGCCCCAGCCGCCGCAGCCAGAUCUGGAUGGCACCUGCGCGACACACCUCAUCCAGAACGGGGACACGUGCGAUGUACUAGCCAAGCGGUACCACGUCACAACCAGCGAGCUGGAAGCGUGGAACAAGGGCAAGACAUGGGGUUGGACGGAAUGCAAGGACAUGCUCCUCGGCUACAACAUGUGCAUCAGCGACGGCUUCGCGCCCUUGCCCCCGCCCCAGGAGGGAGCCAGCUGCGGCCCGUUAGUCCCCGGAACACAGCUGCCACCCGAUUUUGACCGGUGGAAAAACGCAAUGGGCGAGCUCAACCCCUGCCCUCUCAAAGCUUGUUGCAGCAAUUGGGGGUUCUGUGGUCCGUUCCCCGCCCACUGCGAGAUCCACGCGCCCGAAGGGGGCGGGCCGGGAAGCAAGGAGAAGGGCUACCAGAACACGUGUGUCUCCAACUGCGGGACCGACAUUAAGGUCAACUCGGGACCGCCCGCGGCCUUCCAGCGGAUCGGGUACUACGAGUCGUACAACAUGAAGCGCGACUGCUUGUGGCUUAGCUCCAAGGCAGCCAACACCGACGGUAGCUACACCCACAUACACUGGUCCUUCGCCGAGAUCGACCCGAUCGGUUGGAAGGUUGUUCUCACAGACCCCUACAACCAGUGGGCCGACUUCAAGGCCCUGCCCAACGUGAAGCGUAUCCUCGCGUUUGGCGGCUGGGCCUACUCGACCGAAGCGGCGACCUUUAAUAUCAUCCGCUCGGCCAUCCUCGACAACGGCGCCGUUUUCGCCUCCAACAUUGCCAAGUUCCUCGACGACGAAGGGCUCGACGGCGUCGAUAUCGACUGGGAGUAUCCCGGCGUAAGUAUUAAGUAUUUCCAGGAUACCUACUAUAGCAACCUUUGGCUGACCGAACGUGUUUCCCGUGUAAUGCAGGCCCCCGAUAUCGACGUGGGCGGCCAACCCAUCGGCCAAAAGGGAGACGGCGCAGGAUAUCUCGCUUUCCUCACCACGCUGAAGCAGAAGGUCGGCGCCAAAAAGUCGGUCUCGAUUGCCGCGCCAGCCUCGUUUUGGUACCUGCAGGCCUUCCCCAUCGACCGCAUCGCGGCGCAGAUCGACUACAUCGUCUUCAUGACCUACGACCUGCACGGCCAGUGGGAUUAUGGCAACGCCGACGCAUACGACGCGUGCCCGUCCGGAAAGUGCAUCCGGAGUCACGGUAGGGCCGAUUGA